AUGCUGUGCGAGUUCUUCGCCCCCUACACCCUGGACGACAACGCCAAGGGAUUCGAGAACCACCCGCCCAUGCGCAUCCGUUUCGUCGACCUCGACGGGCGGUUCCACCUGCAUCCGUUCGUCUACGGCGCCACCCGCACCCUGGACAUGACCACCUUCAAGACCCACUGGACGCCCAACCCCGACGAGCGGUUCCCGAUCCACCUCCUGCGCUUCUUCGGCGUCAAGGAGGGGCGCAUCUUCCUGCUCGGCACCGACAAGUGGGGCCGCGACAUGCUCUCGCGCAUCCUCUACGGCGGCCGCGUGUCGCUGACCAUCGGCUGGGCCGGGGUGAUGAUCAGCCUGGUGCUGGGCAUCCUCAUCGGCGCGCUGUCGGGCUACUUCGCGGGGGCGGUGGACCUGGUGGUGCAGCGCGUGAUCGAGGUGUUGAUGUCGGUCUACUUCGGCCUCGUCGUGAUCCUGUCGUUCAUCGGCUGGACCGGCCUGGCACGGGUGGUGCGCGGCAUGAUCCUCUCGCACCGGGAGACCCAGUACAUCCUGGCGGCGCGCAACAUCGGCGCCGGCACCGGGCGCAUCAUGGCGCGCAACCUUGGUGCCCAACAUCUCCAGCUACCUGCUGGUGAACCUCACCCUCGCCAUCCCCGGCAUGAUCCUGGCCGAGACCAGCCUGAGCUUCCUGGGCUGGGCAUCCGCCCACCCAUGACGAGCUGGGGCGUCCUGCUGAGCGAGGCGCAGAACCUCAACAACGUGGUCAACAACACGUGGUACCUGAUCCCGGCGCUGUUCGUGGUGGCGGCGAUCCUGGCGUUCAACUUCGUCGGGGACGGCCUGCGCGACGCCGCCGACCCCUUCAGCAGCAACUGA